UCGAUCCCAUCCCACAACAGUAGCGAGAUGAGCAUCCACCGCCGCCGCUACAGCUCGCCGCCGGCGGCGCCGCCGCUGGAAGACGAGAACCUGCUCUCCGAGAUCCUCCUCCGCCUCCCCCCGGAUCCCUCCUCCCUCCCGCGCGCGUCCGCUGUCUGCAAGCUCUGGCGCCGCCUGGUCUCCGACCCCCGAUUCAUCCGCCGCUUCCGCCUCCACCACCGCCGCAACCCUCCCCUCCUCGGCUUCUUCGAAACUUAUGGCGGCGAAUCCUUCCGACCCACUCUGGAUGCUCCCAAUCGCGUCCCGCCCGGGCGCUUCUGCUUGCGGCGCGACCUCCUCGUGCCCCUCGGAUGCCGUCAUGGCCUCGUGCUUAUGAUGGACCCGAACAGGAAAGACGUCCUGGUGUGGGACCCCGUCACCGGCGAGCAGCACCCCAUCGCCCUUCCGCCGGGGUUCGAUGCGCAGGAGACCCUGGCCAGCGGGGCGGUGCUUCGCGCCGACGGAGGCGUCCACUUCCAUGUCCCCUGGGUAGUGUCGGGCAAGGACGACCAACUGGUCGCCAGCGUUUACUCGUCGGAGACCGGCUUAUGGAGCAAUCGCAUUGCAACACCGCUUCCCUCCACGGGCGGUUUCCUCACCAUGGUUUCUAUGUGCAAGCCUGCCGUGCUGGUUGGGGAUUCUCUUUACUGGACUCUUAUUGGGAAUUCUGCUGCCAUUCUCGAGUUUGAUUUGGAGAGACAGAGCCUAGCUGUGAUACAAUUGCCAGUGGAUAUGUCCAAAGAGAACCAUGAAUUCACGGUUAUGCGGGCAGAGGGUGGCGGGCUUGGUCUCCUCCUCCUGUCACAGUUUGGUCGUGCUGCCCAAUUAUGGAUGAGGAAGACAGAUUGCGAGGGCCUUGCUUCAUGGGAGCUGGGAAGAACUAUUGAACUGGACAAGUUACUUUCCCUGAAUUCUGAGGAGAGCAAGGACCUAGUAAUUCUAGGGUUUGCUGAGUGCAAUAAUGUCGUGUUCCUGUGGACAUUUACAGGCCUCUUCAUGGUCGAGCUUGAGUCGCUGCAGUUCAAGAAAGUUCCCGAAACCAACAAUGCGUGUUUCUGUACACCAUUCGAAAGUGUCUAUGCUGCAGAUGUAUAUGCUGCUCCUGCUCCUGUUGACUACAUCGAAGAAUCCAAGUCUGUCCGCUCACCAACCAAGCCAGCUGCUGUCUCAAGAUCCGUGGAUGCCCCUGCUGCUACUCACUCAACAAUAAAGUUACAGAUAGAAGCUCCACGGCGACCCCAAGCUACCGUUGAGAGUCCUCAAAAUAGGCCGCUUGAAUCCCUGGCUAUAGGGAACAAGCACUAUGAAAUGAUGCUUUCAAGUGAAGGUCGUUUCGGAAUAUUUUACAAGCGCGACAAAGCUGAAAACGCCUUUAAAUGGGCUGAAAUUGACGUUACAGUGUACAGAAGAUCUAUCUAUUUCACGAUAGAAGAAGUUCUUCGCCGCUGUAUGGUCAAGGCUGGUUAUGAGAAUGAUGAAGACAUAGGUCAUCUUCUAACUCGUUAUGUCCCGCUACUUGUUAAUGGAGUUUGCAUGCUCACAUAUCUCAAGGUCCGUUCUGUCAACUUUGCGCUCUCCCCUGAAGGGGACCGAUACAAUGUGAAGCCAAAAGUUUCGCUGGCUCUUGAGGUUCCGCUACCUUUCGCAAUUGCCAUCUCUCAACUCGGUGCAGUUGAAAUAAACAGUAUGCCUCGACGCACGAUUGCUGUCCCCGCUAUCUCUGUUGCUGAAGCAGCUCAUUUUAUGAUUCCUCGGGAUCAACGCUUCAAAGCUGCUGAUUAUGCGCACGCCGUUAAGUUUGCAAAGUCUUUAGGGAUUGAGUUCUCAACUGUCGACUUAAACAUGAAGGCGGGAUCUGCUUGGUGGCUGCUGCGUGGCGAAAUUACUGAAGAAGUGUUUCAGCUCUCACUCCCGCUGCCUGAAUCCAAUUUCACCGAAGAUGAUGCGAUAUUGCAUUCUAUGUUCUGUCUGAACCCAGAUCGUUCAUUUGGCACCGCUCUUUUUUCCCUUGGGGAACUCAAUGCUGGCACAUAUGGCUCCAUACUACGCAAUCCUCAUAAAGGCAUGAAUGCCAAUUCGUUCUUUGCUCUUUGUAGUGGACCUCUCAGCACCAUGUGGAAGAAUGAGUGAACAUGUAAGAUUAUUAUGUCGUAAUCCGACGAUGAUAUGUGAUAAUGAGUGUUGUAGUGUGACUUAUGUUGUCUUACCAUUCAGACUAUUGAAGUGUCAGUGUUCAGACUC